AAGCCAAAUCUAAUGCCAGGCCAGCUGAAUCCGCUCAUGUUUCUGUGUUGGCUGCGUUUUUCUGUAGUGUUUUGAACUCUGCUAUGAGGUGUUUUGUUUGUGGGGGAUGCAGCUGGAGGUUGUGAUAAAAGUCCACACAACAUCGUGACCCAUCAGCAUAGCGACUAAGAUGAUCUUCUCAUCCAAGGUGCAAGUACUGGUUACUGGCUGCAAAGCAAAAGGUCUCAGAACAUGGGCAGUGCAGUCCAUGAGACCAACACUGGUUCCUCAUCUUGACCGCAUAUACUUCAAGACCCUCGAGCCAAGACCUGCUCUGGGUCUACGGCAGGCAUCUACAGCACCAAAUAAGGCCAGUAAUGCAAUUACAGAAGCCAGAGAAAAUGAAUCAGCUCAGUUGACAAUAGGACAGAAAGUGAAACAAACCACUAAGGAUGCAAGCUAUCUUGGAGUGAUCCUAGCUGGCCUUAGUGUCACUGGUCUCAUGUUUUAUGCCAUCUUCCGGGAGCUUUUCUCCGGCCGUAGCCCUAACUCUGUGUACACACGAGCGCUUGAGCGGUGUCGUUCCAACACCAGUGUCCUUGCUGCAUUUGGGGAGCCACUUCAGGGUCACGGUGAAACUACAGCCCGAGGACGUCGCAGGCAUGUCAGCCACGUAGAAUACAUCAAAGACGGCAUUAACCACAUGCGCAUGAAGUUCUACAUCAAGGGUCCUCAUAAAUCUGGAACUGUUCAUUUGGAAGUACGAGAGAAUGCACAUAAGCAGUAUGAAUACCGCUACCUGUUUGUUGAUGUGGAUGGGCCAACGAGGAGGACUAUUGUCCUUGAAGACAACAGAGAUAGUGAUCAUGGUUCAGUUUCGGAUGUGACAAUGAUGGAUGCUGCUUAAGUUGUGAGAUACCUGUGUAACAUCAAUGUAGGUAUGUGAUUCUGAGGCACUUUGUUAUAAGAGUUAUGUAAUUAAAUUGUUCACUUUCUAAGGACAAAUGACAAAUAAAGGUACAUGCACCUUC